AUGGCUAAGGUUAUCCUCCUCGCAGGGUUGGUGGCCCUGUUGGGUGCUCAGUUCGGCGCUGCCUACCAGCUUACAUGUUACUUCACCAACUGGGCCCAAUACAGAAAUGGUUUGGGGAGGUUCAUGCCAGACAAUAUUGACCCAUGCCUUUGUACUCACUUGGUCUAUGCUUUUGCUGGAAUGUCCAAAAACCAGAUCACCACCAUUGAAUGGAAUGAUGUCACCUUGUAUAGCUCUUUCCAGAACCUGAAAAAAUACAACAGUAACUUGAAGACCCUUCUUUCCAUUGGAGGUUGGAACUUUGGAACUGCUCCAUUCAGUGAAAUGGUCUCUACUGCUCAAAACCGCCAAAUAUUCAUCUCCUCUGUAAUCAAAUUCCUACGUGAAUACAGUUUUGAUGGGCUGGACAUAGACUGGGAGUAUCCCGGCUCUAGAGGCAGCCCACCUCAAGACAAACAGCUGUUUACCAUCUUGGUUCAGGAAAUAAGAGCUGCUUUUGAAAUGGAAGCUUUGAAAACCAAAAAGUCGAGGCUCAUGGUGACUGCAGCAGUGGGUUCCAGUAUCUCUAGUAUAAAAUCUGGUUUCCAGAUUCCUCAGCUUUCUGAUGCUUUAGAUUACAUUCAUGUUAUGACUUAUGACAUGCAUGGAUCAUGGGAGGGAUACACAGGAGAAAACAGUCCAUUAUUUCCCGUUCCUGCUUACACAGAACAUAGUUCCUAUCUAAAUGUUGAUUAUGUCAUGAACUACUGGCUGAACAACGGUGCCUCUGCUUCGAAGCUCAUUGUUGGGUUUCCAUCAUAUGGUCGCACGUUUGUCCUUAGUGAUCCAUCUAAUAAUGGCAUUGGCGCCCCUACAUCUGGUCCUGGACCUGCUGGGCCUUAUACCAAGCAACCAGGGUUACUGGCUUACUACGAGAUUUGCACAUUCCUGAAAAGUGGAGCCACAAAUGAGUGGUCUUUUCCUGAAGAUGUCCCAUAUGCGUAUCAUCAAAGUCAGUGGAUAGGUUAUGACGAUGUCAUCAGCUUUAAGAUCAAGGCAGAGUGGCUUAUGAAGUAUAACUUUGGAGGUGCUAUGGUGUGGGCUAUUGAUCUGGAUGAUUUUACUGGUACAUUCUGUAACCAGGGAAAGUUCCCUCUGAUUUCCACAUUAAAAAGUACCCUUCAUAUCAACACCUCUGGAUGCAUAUCAUCUACUUCUUCGGUUACACCUAUCACAGCUGCUCCAGUAAAGAUCCAUAGCAUCAGCAGCAGUAGUGAGAGUCAUGACUCUGGAACCAGUCAUAAGAGCAGUGCGUCUGGUGGCAGCUCAAGUGGAUUCUGUGUUGGAAAAACUACUGGACUUUAUCCAGUUAAAGGGAACAAAAAUGCUUUCUGGAAUUGUUGGAAAGGGCUCACUUACCAACAAAAAUGUCCCAGUGCACUCAUAUUUGAUCAAAGCUGCCAAUGCUGUAAGUUGCCUUAA